AUGCAGUCAUUCACUAAGGAUGAAAAGCGAUGGAGUGGGGAGCUGGUGGAGCUGAUGUGCUGCGUGGAUGAACGGGAUAAAGUACAAAAGAAGACCUUCACAAAAUGGAUAAAUCAACAUCUCAUGAAGGUUCGAAAACAUGUGAAUGACCUCUAUGAAGACCUAAGAGAUGGACAUAACUUGAUCUCACUUUUAGAAGUCCUUUCUGGAGACACCCUGCCAAGAGAGCGAGAUUUUUUGAAGACCUUACGGUUGCCCCGAGAAAAAGGUCGGAUGCGUUUUCACAGACUCCAGAACGUCCAAAUUGCACUUGACUAUUUGAAAAAGCGCCAGGUGAAACUGGUUAACAUUAGGAAUGAUGACAUAACAGAUGGAAAUCCCAAGUUGACUUUGGGGUUGAUAUGGACCAUAAUUUUGCACUUUCAGGUAAGCCUAGUUUUACUUGGCAAUUUGUUUUUGUUCAGAUUCCUACACACAUUUGUGAUGAAUGGGUCAACUUUGGAUCUCAAGACAUCCUGUACAAGUCUGCAUUAUGUCUCUAACGUGUAUUUGAAGGUUGUAAUAACUGUUUUCUGAUUAUGUAAGCUAAAUCUGAAGGUGUAGUUUGUUAUCCAAUCUUGUCUUUAAAUUUUUGAAAAUUGCUUGGUUUUUGAAUGUUAUUAAAGGCAAUGGUUGUGUUCCUUUAGCACUUGGAUAAAUAGGCCUUGAUUUAUUCUAAAGACUUCUUUUGUUGAAUA